GCUUCCCGCAAGCAGUGUUGCAGGCACGCGAACACCUCUACUCCCACCCCAUCCGCCAUGUUUUCCGAAUAUGCCUCCAAAUUCUUAUCCCAGUCGCAGUCGCGCCUCUCUUUUGGCCAACAGGACUCGCCUCUCCCUCCCCGCAACCCUACAGACAGACAUCGCCCAUCUUCACGAUCGCGAGCCACCUCGGGCUAUCUACCACGACGUACCAUGCCGAACCCGUACAACUCCCAGGCCAUGUCUCGCUUCGCCUUCGCCUCGCGAACAUCGAACGCCCCAGCUCCCUUGUUCUACUCGGCCACCGAUGACUUCCGGGAAGAAGACGACCAUGUGGAGCACGACCGUGAGAUGGCCGACCACUAUGCCCUCCAACGAUCACGGCGGCAGUUCGGCGCCAGCAAUCUUUCUGAAUCCUCCGAGGUCGACGACGACAUAGCACGAAAGUCGGACCACGAAGCAGAUGUGGACAGUGCCGACAAUCAGUACGGACUGGGUCGAGGCAUAAAGAGCUCCUGGAUAGGCAACAAGCCUGCCGCUCGCGGGCGUUCCACCACUGUCACCAAGCUAGAGCCCGAAGAUAGAGACCAAAGCGUACCUCUAUCCGAGUCAAGUGGACCAAGUAGCAAAGGAAAGGGGAAACUGGUCGAUGUGGAGCUCGAAUCCUCCAGUAGGGACAGUCUGGAAGAAGUAGACCCGGAGGAAGUACUGCGGGAACACGGUGACAACCAGCCACCGUCAUACCAACAAUUUCGCGAUGUACCGAAAAGGGAGCGCACCCGCAUGCCCCUGCGAACUACUCUACCGAUACCUCAAGAGACAGACGAAGACACAUUCCUCGAAAACCCGCGUCCGACUAGCCCUGACCGUGAAUCAGAGGUACAAAUGGUAGCUUUGGAGCCUGUGACACCUCCAAGACACAAUUUCUUUUGGGCUGAGCUGUUCGUUAUCGCCAAAUGCUCCAUCUUAGGAGUCGCAUUUUUAUCAUUGUUACAGGAAUCGCCUCCAGACAAGAAGCAUCCCCUGGGGGAUACCAUAUAUACUCUUCUUCACUCAUCCUUUCACCUGAUUGCGGUGUACUCGUUGGUAUCCGUGUUAGUAGGGCUUCUGUGGCUCGCUCUAUUACGAUCUUUUGCGCGGCCUUUGAUCAUGCUGAUUUUGGUCGCUGUACCCACGAUAUCGUUCUCGUUCUGCCUUUACCCGUUCAUAUCCAGUUACAAAGGGUCAUGGCAUGGAGGUAGUCUACAGGACAAGAUGAUGCGAUGGAUGUCGCUUGGGCCUUUAAUCUUUGCUCUUUCUUGGAUUUAUACGAUCUGGAAAGCAAGAUUAUCCUUGAAUAAGGCCGUGAGCAUGCUUGAAUUCUCAGUAGAUGUAUUGAGAGCACAGCCCUAUCUGCUGGCUGUGGGGAUUGGAUCUUUGGCUUGCGUAGUCGUAUACUCAUGGAUCUUCAUCCUCAUGUUCACCCGACUAUUCCUUGGAGGCCAUUUCACGAAAUCUGGGUGGGUCAUCAAUCCGAGUACAUGGUGGCUCGGUGCGGUAUUCUUCCUCGACUACUUCUGGACUUUGAGCGUAAUUGCCGGUGUACAACGAGCAACAGCAGCCGCAGCCGUCUCGCAAUGGUAUUUCCACCGGAACACCAUCCCGGCGCCUUCCGCUCGCACGGUCAUCCAGGCGUCACUAACUCAUGCGAUGUACACGAUGUCUGGAACGAUUUGCCUAUCGACUCUGCUCGCUCUGCUUAUCAGACUACCACUUUGGGCCCUUCCCCGAAGGUUUUCUGGUAUUAUAAGCAUGUGCGCGUACUCCAUCGUUCCGUCCCCCAUCGCUGCGAUGACGAACCCGCUCACCCUGACAUACGCGUCUAUUCACGGUGUACCUCUUACAGAAGCAGCAAGGGGAAUAUCGGACAUGACAUUCAUCUCCCCAAAUUCACCCUCCACAACCUUGGGACCAAGAUCCUUUGCCUCCCAUCACCGCCCGUCACUUCAAUCUUACAGCCUAGCCAAAUUUCUGCUCCAUGCCAUCAGGUGGACCCUGACACUUGCUUUGGCAUAUGGUGGCUGGGUGUCGACUGCUAAGAUGUUGGAGUUCAACAAUGGCACCGUACCGUACAAGGGCAGUCUUUACGCGUACGUGGUCGGCAUCAUUAGUGGAGCCAUCGGGUGGUUCUCUUUGGGUGCAAUGGAAGGCGUGAUUGGUGGUACUUUGGAUGCACUGUUGAUCUGUUGGGGGAGCGAAGUUGGCCGCGACGGAAACGGUCAGGCAAGGUACUGCGCAGACGCUGGGGAUCUAUUCGGCAAUGAAGUGACUGGAAGGAGAAGGUAUGAAGUAUGA